AUGGCCCAGUUCGACAUCAGUUCGGCCCAGCAGCUGAGCUUGAUCGAAUUCCGAGGCAACAACUCAUCAUACUCGGUGGUCAAUGAGUGCUUGCUGGCAGCCAAGCAUGAUCUUAUACGCUUGGAAGUUGAAGAAGUGAUUUGGGGCUUCAAGAGUGCAGGAGAUCCUCCAGCAGUUCCGGUCUUUGCCACUGAGUUCAAGCCUGGAGAUGUCAAGUCGGUGACGGGGCCUUUCAACGAACAGCGAGCCAUUGCCACGGAGGUCUUCGCGAAGCUUUGGAACUACCGAGACCAAGCGGCUGGCGCUGGUGGCCGGCUGGUGGCCAAGCUUUUGCUGCAGGGCAUUUCUCGAGCUGCUUGGCCAUCGAAGGUGAAGUGGACCAGUGUGAAAGGAGACAUCGAUCAAGCUCUCUCGGGCAGAUCCGUUCCGUUGCGGGCGAGUUCGCGGCCGAGAACGCGGCUCCCGAACUCCGCUGCGCCGAAGGGGCUUCAAUGGAACGAGCUGGUGAAGAACAAGGCUGUCCUUCCGUUCCUGGCCUGCCUGGCGUGCAGCUCGAGGAGAAAGGCCUUGCCUGCUCAGCUGGAUUCUAAACGUCCAGUGGUCAUUGCCAAGCAAUCCAGGGAUGCUGCGGAGGAUGUGGACCUUGAAGCCGACGAUAAGAAAGCUGAGGAUGCUGCGGAGCAAGUGGUGGAAGCAGAAGCUCCGCAAGCCGCAGAUUGGCAAGAGCAUUGGAGGAAUGGAGCGAAACAUCAAGCAGCUGGAGAGCACCAGGCAGCUUUGAAGGACUUCGAGCUGGUUCUAGGCUGCCUGAGAGAUGCUGGGUUGACCAACAGCUUUGAAUUUGCCAAGACUGAGAUGAGCAUUGGAGUUGCUCAAGCCGAAGAAGGACACUUCGCAGCCGCUCUGGAGUCCUAUGAAUCAGCCCAAGAGAUCUUUGGGCAGUUGCAGCGCUUGAGAUCCAAGAAUGGAGCCAGAUUGCUGGCAAACAUUGCCAUCACCAAGGCCAAAGUGUUUGAAGAUCGGAAAGAGGUGGUUGCUGCAUUCUCCACUGCAUUGGAGGCCUUUACAGAGCAAAAGCUCUUGGAGUCCAAGGAAGGUGUGCGACUGCUGAUUGAGGCGGGCAAGGCUUUGGAGGAGCUGGAACGCUUUGCCGAGGCGCUUGAUCACUACAAAACCGCGAGAGACACCUUGGAACGGGCCCGUGCCUUGGGCUCCUUGAUGGGUAUCGAAGUUCUGGAGAAGAUGAGCGAUGCCCAGUUUGAAUUGGAUGACUUGGAAGGCGCGGAAAGCAACUUGGUGAUGGCGGUGGCAAAGAAGGAUGCCAAGGGUGCCUUGGAUUCUGCCGAGGGCGCAGCACUGCUGCAGAAGCUGGGUGACUUGCAGGUGGAGUUGAACGGAUAUGAGGAGGCGUUGACGUCCUACCGCAGUGCGCGGCAAAUCUUGGAAGAUCGAAAUGGCUUGAAAGGCUUUUCGGCCGCCUGCUUGCUGGCGAACAUGGCCACGCUCGAGGCCGCUUCCAAGCCAGCUCAAGCUCUUGAAGGCUUUGAAGAAGCGAGGAAACUCUUCUUGGAAGCAGAGGCCAUUGACACAGAAGAAGGAGCAGAUCUCUUAGUAAACUUGGCCAAUCAACAUGUAAAAGCUGGUGAAGCUGAUUUGGCGCUAAGACAUUUGCGACACGCCCAAGAAGUCUUCCAAACAAAGGAUUUGCUCAAUUCCAUGUCGGGUGUCAAGCUUUGGAUGAACUUUGGCUUGGCCUUCAUGCAGAAGGAAGGCGAUUCGACUGCUCCAAGCGCUUUCGAAGAAACCAGAGAUGCACUGGGAAAAGCCUGGAAGGUCUUGGAGGCCAACGCGGGGACCGAGACACUUUUGGCGGUGGAACUCAAUGCACUGAUGGCUCAAGCAAGCAUCCGAGCCGGGAACUUCGAAGCUGCCUUGGCCGACUUAGAACGCGGAAGAGCUUUGAUCCAGCGACACGGAGGCCGCGGCUUUCAAGACACGGAGGCCGCGGCGGAGGUCUUUUACAACCUCGGUGUGUGCUACUCCGAAAUGGAGGACUUGGAUCAAGCUAUCGAGUCAUUUGAAAGUGCUGCCUCCUCUUUGAAAGCUCAAGGGCCUCUCUCCUCUUCCUUUGCCACCGAAGUCUGUGGCGCACUGGCCGAUGCCUAUUUCGAGGCGGAGGACACCAGCAAAGCGGUGGAGACCUACGAACUGGCCUGCCAGUCGGAGGAAGCCUAUGAUGGAGAUGAGACCACCCUAGCCUUGCUUCUCACCAAGCGAGGCCUGGCCUUGGCGGAGCUGGAUGACCUUGAAGAUGCUCUGAAGGAUCACGAGCAAGCUCGCAGUGUUGCUGAAGAAGGUGAUUUCCUGCAGACGGGUUUGGGCGCGGAUAUCCUGGUCAACAUGGGCAUUGCUAAGGCCAAGGGACAGUUGCUAGAGGAGGCGGUCGCGGAUUUCGAGGUGGCAUUGGAGAUUUUGGAAGAGAAUGAGAUGUUGGAGACAGAGAUGGGUGCUAGAGUUUUGCAGAACCUCAGCAUUGUUCGGUGUCAGGACGUGCGUGGGAUCACGGCCGGCCGUGGGUGGCCUUUGGUCUCCGGAUGGCUCCGGAGGUCCUUCGAAGAAGCCCUCCUCGACUCGACUCGACUCGACUCGCGAAUCCGAUUCAUCGGUCGACUGGUCACUGACCGUGAAGUGUCCUCCUCCGUGGCGACGCGUUGGGGGGGCGGGAAGCGGCUGGGUGGACAGCCCAAAGGAGUCACAGCCGAAACAAACGCUAGGCAGCGGGAUCCUGGCUUUGGGCACCACCUUCGUCGUUGCGUGCGCUCGAAAGAACUGGUCGAGGUGUGGCGGCGCAGUGAUCCGUCGAUCUGGCGCAAGUCCAGUUUCACGACAUUUGGGCCCAAAGAUGCUGGCAAAGGUGAAGGUCGGUGGGUCAUCCCACGCUUAUGGCAAGAGUUCCGAGACCAGGCUCAGCCGCAUCUUCUCAUUCCAGCCACCCUCAUUUCGAUGUCAUUGGCUGGGACCGCAUCGUUGAGGGCAUUCCUGACUGGACGUCUUCUGGACACUGCCAUCAACAUUGCUGGCACGGGCACCACCGAUGCGAUCCAUGCACUGGCACCCAUUGCAGGAUUCUACUUUGCCGCAGCUUUGUAUGGGUACUUUGCCAACGUGGUGCAAGGAAUUCUGUUUGCUCUUGCCAGGUGGAGAAUGUCCAUGCAGAUGAGACGAAAGCUCUUCAAGGCGUUGAUGCGGCAAGAAGUGGCAUUUUUCGAGAAGAACUCCAGUGGCGGCUUGGUGUCCAGGUUGACGAAUGAUACAGACCAGUUGCAGAAUGUGUUGAAUCGAGCUCCUGAAAACCUGGUGACGAACCUCGUCCGCUUGGUCGUCUCGCUGGUCCUCAUGGCCAAGCAGCACCUGCUGCUGACGGUCAUCAGUGUCGCUCCAUUGCCGCUGGCAUUUUUUCUGGUCAAAAAGACCGGAGAAGUCGUGGGCCGCUACGGAGCGCUCCAAAACGACGCGCUGGCGAGGGUGAAUGGCGUGGCUUCGGAGGCCAUCACCAACGUGAGGGCGGUUCAGUUGGCCGGGGGCGAGGAGACCGAGACCCAGGAGUAUGGAAAGGCCACCCAGAGCUACCUGGAGGUGAUUCAGCAAACACUUUACAAGGAAACGGCGCUGCGUUUCACUUCAUCUCUUGUGAAUGAUGCUCUCACUGAUGUUCCACUCCUAUGCCUCUCAUGCUUGUUCAUCGCACGCGGGGAGCUGACCAUGGGCCAAUUCUACACCUACAGGACCUUGCUCUGGAGCUACCGCCGUGGCUUCCGCGAGCUGUCGGAGCUGUUCACCGGCAUGGCCCGCGCGGAGGCCGUCUCGAAGCGCUACUUUGACCUGACCGAUCGAGAGCCGAGCGUGCGCACCAAGCCGGACGCCAUCCACUUGCCUCGCUCGGCGGUCAGUGGUCAACUGGAGCUCCAUGGCGUUGGAUUUCGGUAUGCUGGAGCAGAAGAGGAUUGCUGGGCCAUCAGGAACGUCAGCUUCGGUGUGAAGCCUGGUGAAGUGGUGGCUUUGGUUGGGGCGAGUGGCGCCGGCAAGUCCACUCUGCUGAAGUUGUGUGCCCGCCUAGCAGAUCCACAGGAGGGUUCCGUGCGCAUCGAUGGGCAUGACCUUCGAGAUAUUGAUCUCAAGGACGUGCGACGUUGCCUGGGAGUCGUCGACCAGGAUCCAGCUCUAUUUGAUCGGACCGUGGUGGACAACGUGGCUUAUGGAUGUGACUUUGCCAAUGACAAAGAAGAGGCAGAAAGAGUGAGGGCUGCUUUGGGAGCUGCACAAGCAACUUCUUUUGUAGAGGCGUUACCUGCAGAGAAGCUGCUGGGAGAGAGGGGUUCUGCACUCUCAGGCGGUCAGCGACAAAGGCUUGCGAUCGCCAGAGCCAUCGCAAGAGGAGCUCCUGUGCUGCUGAUGGAUGAGCCCACGUCCGCUCUUGAUGGGGAGUCAGAGGAGGCCGUUGCCAGCACUUUGACUCAAUUGGCCAGCGAAGGGCAUGCCGUUUUGGUUGCUGCUCAUCGCUUGCGCACGGUAGCAAGGGCUCAUCGCAUUGUCGUGCUGGACGGAGGAACGGUGGUGGAGGAGGGAAAACGAGAAGACUUGUUGGCAGCUCCUGAUUCCAGGUAUCGAGCAAUUAUUGAGCCAUCGAUGAGAAUUGAUUAA